AACAAAUAGAAGCCGAUCGGGCCAACGAAAUGCUGGAUGUUGUCUACAACAUUUCUGAACUGCUUCAGUGCGGGUUAGACAAAAAGGCGCUGGGUAUUCUCAUCUCUCUGGUGCAACUGGGCGUUAGUCCUGAAGCUCUGGCCCAUGCGGUGGUCGAAGUACAGCAUGAAAAGGAGCUAAUGGAACGGGGAGUUUAGUGCCGAGUACCGCGCGUACAACAAUAAACACAUUCGAUGUGUGCAAAGUGUCAGAAUCUCUCUGAUAGAGAUUGCAGGACGAUGUUUAUCGGUUGUAUGCCCUUACUGUGCGAUAUGCGUCCGUUCGCCCGCAGUAUCUAUUAGCGCGUUGGACGGAACGUCGAGCGAUACCACCAGUCACGGUAGCGUAUAACAGGUCGUGCGUCAUGCCCGUGGUACAUAAAAUAGGAAUUCUUUAAGAGUCUGUGUUUUUGUCGGGUUGUUUUGCACGGAGCACAAGACAUUCCAGAUGCGAAGUCUUGCGUCAUACACUAGUAGCUAGAUGGAGAAACCGUCAAAGAAUUUGGCAUCUUCGAAAUCAGUUACAGCUGUUAUCAAUGAAUUGUUUGCAUUGUACGGGCGAGAGCUCAAAAGAUUAGGAUUGAAGAGAUCGGAUAUGAACACGAGAAGGGACUGUGUUCUUCUGUUCAACAUUUUGUCUUGGAUGCAGGGGUUUAAGACCACCGACUGUCAGAAGUACAUUUCUGAUUAUAUCGAUUUGCCGAAUAGGUCCCGGAGCAAUUCCAGGAGGAGUGAGAACAUAAAUUUGAGCACUCUGUCCAAGCACGAGUCCUCCUCUUUUGACAGAUCUAGGUUGCAGCCUCAGUCAAGCUGGUUCAAGUCGUCUUGGAUCCCUGAAGCGAUUCGACAGGUCUUUGGAGAGAGAGAAGAUGAGCUGGAUUUUGACACGGGGAUGCCUCCUCCAAUUGAGGUGGUGGUACCGAAGCCGAGGAGGUCGGUUAAGAGGGAAGUGGAGUUGAUAAACCCCCACGACUAUUUCGUGAAUCAGAAGUUUGACAGGAUAUACAAGAGGGGGGCUAUGCUGGGAAAGGGUCAUUACGGAUCGGUGUACGUUGCGAAGAGCAGAGCUGACUCGUUGACGUACGCGGCAAAGGAGAUAUGGAUUCACAACACGAGGAGUUUGAUGUUGGCCAAGAGAGAGUUGUUGGAAUUGAAGAGUUCGAAUCACCCGAACAUUGUUAAGUUUAUUGAGGGGUACAUAUUUGGCCAGAAGGUGUGGAUCGUGAUGGAGUAUUGCCAGAGAGGGAACGUCACGAACUUAGUGCGUAGUUUGGAGUUAGAGGAGCCCCAUAUAGCGUUUUUGCUACACGAGAUAUUGUGUGGGUUAGAGUAUUUGCAUUCGAAGAACGUGGUACACUCAGACCUGAAGGGGGCGAACAUCCUGCUCAGCACCAACGGUGGAGUGAAGAUAGCAGACUUGGGCCUAUCGAGCAUCAUGGGGUUAGAGGAAAGAGAGAUUGGGGGAAGCUGUUACUGGGUCGCGCCCGAGACCAUGUUGGCGUGGCGAUGCGAUACGAAGUCAGACAUUUAUUCGUUAGGAUGUGUGUGCAUAGAGAUGGUCACCGGUCACCCGCCGUGCUCGACGUUUCCUCCGCUGAAGGCGUUGUACUACAAGUCGAAGUACGGGUUUCCGAUGAUCGACGACAAGUGGAGCAUUUCGCUGAAGGACUUUGUUCGACGGUGCAUGGAUCCGGACCCGGACAGGCGGCCAGACGCGAAGAGUUUGCUGCAACACCCACUUUUGGUGAAGAGGUGCAACGUGGAGGAACACAUGAGGUUGGUAGACAAGGCAUAUUACAUUAAGGAGAUGACCAGCGACUUCGACUGAGCCACAUCUUUAUUGCGAGUUCGUGUACGAUAUUUUGCAGUGUAGCACUGGCGGCGACAUCAGAGAAAAAAAAAAAAAAGGAUCAAGUGUGUUGGAGUGUAUGCCGCAUUUUUUGGCGGACUUCACAGUCCCAGACACAGGCCGAGCACCACGGAGCCGCACGCUACCAGGCCAGUAACCAGAUAGCGAGUCAACUCCGUUUCAUCUUUUCUCUUAGGAAGGACGGCUGGAUUCCCGCUGCCCAGGGGCAGCCUUUGUUCUCGAAGAGGCGAGUUUGGUCUCUCUGGGCGGUCGGACGCCGCACGCUCGGAACGGUAUUUGAACGCGUUUCUCGAAGGGACCAAGUUUAGCGCGACGGUGUCGUCUCGACCCAGCGAGGCCACGAGUCUUCCGAACACGUCUUCUCGGCCAGGCGCGGGUACGGGUCGUCCGAACAAGUCGUCUCUCCUAUCUGGAGGGAUAAGUGCUCUCGACAGGCGGCGAACGGGAGAUGCAAUGACUCCUAGGACGGAGCGUUCACUGAAAAGAGAUGUGUCAGAGGCUCGAUCGCGUUUUUCCCCACCCUCGCGCGUGAACGUACGUGCCCAGGAGCGUCCAACGUCCACCUCGCUUUCGGUGAGCGAUGCUUCUAGCGGCGUGUCCUACCGAGCGACUCAUCGUCUAUGAAGGGCGGAGUAGAAAGUGCUUUCGCUGCCUUUACAAUUAGAGGAAAAAAUGAAAGUAGUACAAGUUUUUCGUGAAACAGGAAACGCUUUUGCCGCUUUGAGGGUCAGAAAGAAGGACGAAAAGUGUAGGCUUCUUGCGGUUAUUGAGCACGUUUCGGCCAUAGGUUCGCCUCCUUUGCGAGGCCGCUGUGACCGCCUAGCGAGCACACCGUCGCGCAGGAGGUUGAGGAGCGCGCAGCGCUUUCGCGGGGACUGGCCCACCGAGAGGUUGUCCGCUCGCAAGAGGGUCUCACGCGCGUCGUCGGUAGGGCUGCGCGGUCAUUUUCUGCGGUAUUUGUGCGGGCAGAGUGCGCGGUUUGCGAGCGGGUAGCACAAAAUCUAGUUGUUGUGCACACAAUCUAGUUGCACACAAUGAUAAAUUGUACCAAACAAAUAUUUUUUUAAUCAAUA